CUCACCCGUCAACCACGUUACCUUCAAAGAACUGGUAAACGGUCUAUGUCGCAGGUCAUAGCGGUAUAGAUUUCGGUUCCUGACAUUCUUCCCGACCGUUCUUUCGCUCUCCUUUCCGCUCCCGAACUCCGAUCCCCUAUCUCCUCAUGGCCUCAGCCGGGGGCUUGACUCGCCGAAGAGGUGGCGGUCGAGUCGCUGGCGCAGACGAGAACGAUGACAGCAGAGUCUCCUCUCCGAUCUCCAGAAAUGGCUCUUCCUUGGAUAACCGUAUUCCCGAGACGUCUUUCACCAGUACCGAGAAUGGUCACAAGAUCGCAUUCGACCCCAGAGACCUCAGCGAGACCGAGGAACGAAGCAAGCAGCCCAAGCUGACGCUGAUGGAGGAAGUUUUACUGCUGGGGUUGAAAGAUAAACAGGGUUAUCUGUCUUUCUGGAACGAGAACAUUUCGUACGCCUUGAGAGGGUGUAUUGUGAUUGAAUUGGCCCUCCGCGGCCGGAUUAGCAUGCAGAAGGAUUCUUCUCGACGGCGCUUUCCCCUGGCCGAUCGUGUGAUUGAAGUCGUCGACGAUACAUUGACUGGGGAGGUCUUGCUGGACGAGGCGUUGAAGAUGAUGAAGUCGAGCGAGAAGAUGAGCGUGAACUCCUGGAUUGACCUCAUGAGUGGUGAAACAUGGAAUUUGAUGAAGAUUGGCUACCAGUUGAAGCAAGUGCGCGAACGCCUGGCGAAGGGCCUUGUCGACAAGGGCAUUCUUCGUACCGAGAAACGCAACUUCCUCCUCUUUGACAUGGCUACACAUCCUGUCGCCGACGGCGGCGCGAAAGACGACCUCCACCGUCGGGUGCGCAAUGUGUGCAGUAAUCGAACAGUGAUUCUCCCGUCCAACCAGUGGCUUCCCGAGGACUCCGAGUUCCGCUAUCUGCGGACGAUCACGAUGGUAUGCGCAGCUUACGCGGCGAAUGUACUGGAAAACGCUCUGGUCACAAUGAGCCACGAGGCUCGGGAGAGAGCCUUUGCGCAGGUGGAUGAGCUACUGGCAGAGUAUUCCCAGUGGCCAUUUGCCCGGCGGGCGGGUGGCUCGCAGGCAAUUGGGGCUAAUUUGGCGGGGGCAAUCAACGAAGAGGUGAACAAGGCUAAGGACAGAGAGCUUCAGUUGGAGAUUGUUGCAGCAUGUUUGAGCGUUUUUACUAGACUCGAUUCCCUACUUUAGGAGCUUACAUCUAUCACCCUCCUAUGUCCUUCCACCCUUUGCCUUCUCCGUCCAUCUUCCUUAUUCCCCCAGAUCCCUCUCCCAGAAAAUUUCAGCAGGAGUUCUUCUUUUCCUUUGCUAUUUUGGCUACUUAGCAGUAGUUUCCGGCAUGCGGUUGGAAUUG